CCACGGUUCUUACCAGGUCUCACCAGUACAGCUGUGCUGGGAAGGGGUUAACAUCGGCGCAAGAUCCCACCCUGGCCCCAGUCUCUUCCUAUGCAGCAGCUUGRCCCCUCCUGGCUUUUCCUCCUUCCUGAAUAUUGUGACAGGACGUGGGUGUAAGUGAGGGGCAGGGGCUCGGCUGGGCUGUGGGGUCUCCAGAUGCUGGGAAGUGCAGUACCCCAGUGCCUGGGGAACAUGGGCACCCUGCCACAGAGAGUCCCGCUCGUCGCCAGGACCAGGUGGCAGCCUGUGUCUGGUACCAUCCGACGUCUCCAAGAAGGCACCAUGGAGGCAUCUGGCAGGACCCCCACCAGCCCAACCCACAGAGUCCAGACUGUCAUGCAGAACAGCUCCCUGGACCUGAUCGACACGGGCAAGGGGCUGAAAGUGCAAACGGAGAAGCCGCAUUUGGUGAGCCUGGGCAGCGGCCGGCUCAGCACUGCCAUCACACUCCUGCCCCUGGAGGAAGGGAGGACCACCAUUGGCACACUCGCGACAGACAUCGUCCUGCAGGGCCCCGGGCUGGCGCCCCAGCACUGCUACAUUGAGAACGUGCGGGGGACACUCACCCUGCACCCCUGYGGCAAUGCCUGCGCUAUCGACGGUGUGCCACUGCAGCGGCCCGUGCACCUCACACAAGGGUGCGUCAUCUGCCUGGGCCAGGCCACCUUCCUCCGCUUCAACCAYCCUGCUGAGGCCAAGUGGAUUAAGAGCAUGAUCCCAGCACGGGGCAGAAGCCCAGCGGCUCUCUAUGGGCUACCAGAAAACUCCGAGGCCCUAGUGAAUGGUGGCCACCAGCUGUCAGAGCGUGGGUGCCACAGCCACAGCUCACUUGUCAGCUCCAUCGAGAAGGACCUGCAAGACAUCAUGGACUCGCUGGUGCUGGAGGAAUCCGCAUCCACUAGCAUCCAGAAGCCGCCUGCCUGUGGCCGAUCCCCCUUCUCCCCUGUGGUGAAUGGGGGUGGGCGCUGCCUCCUGUCCCCUCCACCCAGCCCUGGGGCUGCCUCGGGGGGCUCCAGCUAUGAGAACUUCUCUCCCCUCUCCUCCCCAGCGAGCAGCAGCAGCCACACCAGCCCCUCACUCAGCAGUCAAGAGCAGGGCCCAGCUGUGCCCCCGCUCGUCCCACUGCGCUCCUCCAGCUACAACCACACCGUGCAGCCUCCCACUCUGCCUGCUGUGGCUUCCAGUGAGCCUUGGCCAGCUGAGAUACUUGGGGACCACCAGGCAGGCAGCCCCCGGCUGACGCCCAGGUUGGCACCACGGCCACGAGUGGCCCUGCAGGAAAGGCCCCCCAGUCCCUUCCGGGAGCCACGCGGCUCCGUGGCCCCGAGCCGGCAGCCCCCGAGCAGGGCAGUCCCGGAGGCCCGGCUGCAGCCCCCCGAGAGCCCGCGGCUGGCUCGGAGGAACACGGAGAGCAUGCGGGAGCUGCCUCCCCUGAGCCCCUCCCUGUCACGCCAGGCUGCCGGCCCCCGRGGAGCCCCUGACACCCCCUCCCCACAGCCCCGGCUGGGCAGGGAGGUGCCUGGCAGUCCCCGUGCCAGGCGCAAGGGCCCAAAGGACUUGAAAGGUGCUGGGACCCCCUCACCCGCACUGCUGGCGGAGAACCCCACGCGCCGGCCCAGCUUCAGCACUUGCCUGAGCCCAGCCUAUGGGCUGUGCUCCCCAGCUGUGCCCUCACCUCGGGGGAGCCCCCGCGCCCCCAGGAAGCCUUUGGGGGACCCACGGCUGCCGGCGGGGUCACGGGAGCGCAAGAACAGCAUCACUGAGAUCAGUGACAAUGAGGACGAGCUGCUGGAGUACCACCGGCGGCAGCAGCAAGAGCGCGUUCGGGAGCAGGAGAUGGAGCGCCUGGAGCGGCAGCGCCUGGAAACCAUCYUGAACCUGUGUGCUGAGUACACCAAGACAGAUGGCACUGAGCCAGGCAAUGUGCACAAGCUCCUGGCUAGUGACACAGAUGCUGGCCGGUGGGUGCCCAGGGGGGCCAUGGCUGCGGGCCAUGCUGUCCAAGAGCUGCAGCAGAGGGAGAGCCUGGAGAGGUCGGAUGAGGAGAACCUGAAGGAGGAGUGCAGCAGCACUGAGAGUACCCACCAUGAGCACGAGAAGCUGACAGGCCCCCGGGCCAAGGAGGCGCAGCGGCUGGAGGAGGAGCGCGCUAGCGUCCUUGGCCACCUGGAGCAGCUGAAGGGCCGUGUCAAGGAGCUGGAGCAGCAGCUGCAGGAGACAUCACGAGAGGCAGAGAUGGAGCGGGCGCUGCUCCAGGGUGAGCGGGAAUCAGAGGUGCUGCGGCUGCGGCAGGAGCAGGAAGCAGUGCAGCAGCUGCAGGAGAAGCUCUCCAGUCUGGAUUCCAGCAUCCGCAAGGAGCGGGACAAGGAAAGGGCAAAGGUUGAUGCUGAAAGGAAGGAGCUAGAGCAACUCCGGGCGCUUUACCAUGAGUCGAAGAGCCACCUUGAUAAGUGCCCUGAGUCAAUGCGGGAGCAAUUGCGGGAGCAGAUGCGAAGGGAGGCAGAAGCACUGGAGAUGGAGGCCAAGCUGUUUGAGGACCUGGAGUUCCAGCAGCUGGAGCGGGAGAGCCACCUGGAAGAGGAGCACGAGGCACGGGGCCAGCAGCUCCUGCAGAGCAGGGCUGAGUGCCACCGCAGCAUCGCCCGCAGAAAGGAGCGGGUGGCUGCCCUGGAUGCCCAGGCUGCCCAGAUUCAGCUUCAGAGUGCCCAGGAGGCUGAGCGCCUCGCUAGGGAGCGGAGCAGCAUCCUGCAGCUCCUACAGAAGGAGAAGGAGAAGCUCAUGUCUCUGGAGAGGAGAUACCAGCUGGUCACAGGUGGCAGAAGCUUCCCCAAAAUAUCUUCGGCCCUUCGAGAGGAGACCCUCCACAUCUCAGAACCUUAUGAGCUGUUGGAGGGAACUAAGCCCCUGAGUCCCCUGCCAGCAGCAGCUGCCUCCUUAGCUUCUCCUGCUACCUGCUCCUACCCUAAGGCACAAGAGGAGUACAUGAGGCUGUCUGACGUUUUCAGGUUCUGCAGUAAAGCCCAUGGCCCGAGCCUGGACACUAAAGCUUCUGCUGCUGCCCCUGCUGCCGCUCAGCACGCUUUCUUGCUUGCUGUACCUCCCACAGCCAACGAGGUCUGCCGUGCAAAAACAGAGGGUGGUGCUGGUGAUGUCCUUACCCCUCGGAUGAAGAGUGGGACCCCCUCGUCCUCGCAGCUCAACCUCUCUGUGCUAGGGCGCAGCCCCUCACCUAAGCUGAUCACCUGCUGUCCUGCCCAGGGCCCCCCGAGCCCGGCGGGCAGCCUGUCCCGCAGCCUGGUGGCCACCCUGCAGGACAUCGAGACCAAGCGCCAGCUGGCCCUGCAGCAGAAGGGUCAGCAGGUGAUCGAGGAGCAGAAACGGCGGCUCGCAGAGCUGAAGCAAAAAGCAGCUGCUGAGGUGCAGUCCCAGUGGGAAGCCCUGCAUGGGCAGCCCCUCUUCCCCACUGCCUUCCCCCGGCUCAUGCACCACUCCAUCCUCCACCACCACCGCCCCCAUGGUGCUGGGUCCCGGGCUGAGGAGCUGGACCAUGCAUACGACACACUCAGCCUGGAGAGCUCCGACAGCAUGGAGACCAGCAUCUCCAUUGGCAACAACUCGGCAUGCUCACCUGACAAUGUCUCCAGUGCCAGUGGGAUGGAGACAGGGAAGAUUGAGGAGAUGGAGAAGAUGCUGAAGGAGGCACACGAGGAGAAGUCCCGGCUGAUGGAGUCCCGGGAGCGGGAAAUGGAGCUGCGCCAGCAGGCACUGGAGGAUGAGCGCUGGCGCCGCGAGCAGCUGGAGCGCCGGCUGCAGGAUGAGACCGUGCGGCGGCAGAAACUCGUGGAGAAGGAGGUCAAGCUGCGGGAGAAGCACUUCUCACAGGCUCGUCCCCUGACGCGGUACCUCCCCAUCCGCAAGGAGGAUUUCAACCUGCGGCUGCACAUCGAGUCCUCAGGCCACAGUGUUGACACCUGCUACCACAUCAUCCUGACAGAGAAGAUGUGCAAGGGCUACCUGGUCAAGAUGGGUGGGAAGAUCAAGUCUUGGAAGAAGCGUUGGUUUGUGUUUGACCGCAUGAAGCGCACGCUCUCGUACUACGUGGAUAAACAUGAGACAAAGCUGAAGGGUGUUAUCUACUUCCAAGCCAUUGAAGAGGUUUACUAUGACCACCUCCGCAGUGCUGCAAAGAGCCCCAAUCCUGCACUCACUUUCUGUGUCAAGACCCACGACCGACUCUACUACAUGGUGGCACCCUCGGCCGAGGCCAUGCGCAUCUGGAUGGACGUCAUUGUCACUGGGGCAGAGGGCUAUACCCAGUUCAUGAACUGAGGGGGUGCUUCACACCCCAGAUCCACCAGCUGGAUGGACUCCUGAGCAUCCCCAGCAGCGAGGAGCUCCUGAGGGGACCGUGGUCCCUGCUGUGCCUCAUGCCAGGCGUACACACCAUGCCCAUGGACCUGCAUUCAGUCCAGCUGGGUGAUACUGAGUGUUGCCUGUUCAGGCAAGGGAGUAAGUUUUAUAUGUUGACUUUUUUAAAACAAACUUUAUUCCAACAAUAUCAAAGUGCUGAAAUAUAAAAAGCUGCCAAAGACCUGGUGGGGCCUUUGCUUUCUGCCUUGGGGAGGUGUUAGUUUUCAGGCUGAUGCUGAGAGCUGCUUGUCACCGUGUUCCAGGGAAGGAGACCGUGAGGCCAUGCUGUGCCACCAGCUGGCCACAAGCAGCUGGGACCCCCGACUGUGGUACACUCAGACACCUCUUUGUAAAUCUUUUGUAACUUCGGAUCGUUGUCCCCCUAUGCGGGAGCCAG